AUGGCCAUCUCCUCUCUCGAUGAGGCAAGAGUCCAAAACCUUCCAUCUAGUGCCUACUACAUCGCAGAUUUCAUCACCAAGGAAGAAGAGCAGGUCCUUCUGGGCAAGAUCGCAGCAGCCCCAAAGCCUCGUUGGAAACAGCUCACCCAUCGCCGCCUCCAAACCUGGCCGUCAGACCUGACCAAAAGCAAUACCCUUCUCGACAGCCCCCUCCCAAGCUGGCUCGUAGAGCCUAUUAUGCGCCGACUUCUCUCCUACCCUCUCUCCGUAGUAGAUCCGCAAACCCAUAUAUUUUCCGAUAGUCCACACAAAGAACCAAACCACGUCCUUAUAAAUGAAUACAAACCCGGGGAAGGGAUUAUGCCUCAUAAAGAUGGAGCUGCGUAUCACCCGGUUGUUUGUACGAUCAGCUUGGGCUCGAGCUUGACAUUGGGUAUAUAUGGCAAAACCGAGGAGGGGACUACGGACACUGAACCUACGUGGAGGAUUCUACAGGAACCUAGGAGUCUACUCGUUACUACGGAUACGCUAUACAAGGACUAUCUACACGGCAUUGCAGAAAUCACAGAGGAUGUGGAUCUUAGCCCAACUACAGUCUCGAAUUGGGACCUCCUCAGAUCACCAGAAGACUUCACAAGGGGACGAUACGAGCGAAGUACACGAACGAGUCUUACAUACCGGGACGUGAUCAAAGUCUCUAAACUUGGGAACAAGUUUGGUAUGUUUGGAAAAUGA